AUGGUUACUUCGAACGCACCAAAGCCCGAGAGAGAAGCGCUGCCCCUGGAAGGCAUUAUCGUCGUUAGUCUCGAGCAUGCCAUUGCCGCACCUUUCUGCACCAGGCAACUCGCCGACAUGGGUGCUCGUGUUAUCAAGAUUGAGCGUCCUGGCGUCGGCGACUUCGCCAGAGCAUACGACACCCGUGUUAACGGAAUGGCUUCACAUUUCGUCUGGACGAACCGCUCAAAAGAGAGCCUGGCCCUAGAUCUGAAGAAGCCCAAAGACUUUGAGGUUCUCAAGAGACUCCUUGCGAAAUCGGAUGUGUUGGUUCAAAACCUGGCUCCCGGUGCCACUGAACGACUCGGUCUGGGGUACAAUACACUCAAAGAAACCCAUCCUUCCCUAAUCGUCUGCGAUCUUUCAGGCUAUGGUUCCAACGGACCUUAUAGGGACAAGAAGGCAUAUGAUCUACUCGUGCAGAGCGAAGCAGGUUUUCUCUCUGUCACAGGAAACGGCUCCGAGCCGGCGAAAGCCGGAAUAUCCAUCGCCGACAUUUCAGCGGGCAUGUACGCAUACUCCAACAUCCUUGCCGCAGUGAUAAAGCGUGGGAAAACUGGCAAAGGGUCGUGGAUAGACAUCUCAAUGCUCGAAAGUAUGGUCGAGUGGAUGAACUUCCCCAUGUACUACACAUACAAAGAUGCCCCUGGCCUGUCCCGCUCGGGAGCAUCCCAUGCAUCCAUAUAUCCUUAUGGGCCCUUUGAGACAGGAGGAGGCGGUUCAGUCAUGCUUGGCGUUCAGAACGAACGGGAGUGGGCGAACCUUUGCCGCGAUGUACUUGGAGAUGAGACAUUGGCACAGGAUCCACGCUUCGUAAGCAACACACUCAGAGUGAAGAACCGCGAUGAGUUGAAAAAGAUCAUUUGUAAUGUCUUUGCGAGUUCGUCAGCAAAGGAGGUGCUCAAGAAGCUGGACAGCGCGUCUAUCGCGAAUGCCAAUGUGAACGACAUGCAUGGCGUGUGGAACCACCCCCAGCUCAAGGCGAGAGGACGAUGGACAGAUGUUGAAACACCGAAUGGGACGAUUCCUGCUCUGAUUCCGCCGGGGUUUGCCACAGUAGAUAGUUCGAGAAUGGACAGAGUGCCUGGCAUCGGAGAGCACAACGAGGCAAUAUUCAGGGAGUUAGGAGUCAAGCCAUGA